CUGAAAUUGACUAAAAUGAACCGUUGAUUUACGUUGAAUUCGAUUGAGUCGUUCUUUACGCGGUGCUUUGAAUUCUAUUAACCGGUGUUUUUCUGUCACUUGAAGUGACAUUUAACCGAAUUGAACAUUUAGUUUGACAAUCUCACAUGUAUAUUAAUUAUAUUCUACUGUGUUUUAUCGCAAAUGCUGUGAAUGGUGAAUUUUGCAAACCUGAUUUUGGAUUCAAAGUGCUGAAUACAACAUCGUAGUUGACUUCAGUAGUUAAUUAUGAACAAUUUUGGAGCCAAAAGGAGUAACACACACUAGAUACAAUUGCUACUUAAUUUUGUUAAAAUCGUCUCUAAUUUAAAGCUUAAUUUCCCUACAAGAUUUAUAAACUGCAAGGCAUUUACGGCUAAUAUUGUAAUUGAUUGAAAGUUAAUCGAAAGCUUUUCAUAGUUUUAUAUCAUGGGUAAACCAAAAAAUGCUUUCAAAUUACCAAACCAUGUUCUUGAGAACUAUCGGGAACCUUUACAAAAUAUGCUUUCUGUCAUGGAGGAUCACGUGAAAACUUAUGAAGAUAGAUACAAUUGGUCAAUGAAAGAUUUUGAACUUGGAGCUCCUCUAGGACGUGGGAGGUUCGGAAGGGUUUAUCUUGCAAGAGAAGUGAAAACAGAGUAUAUGGUUGCUUUGAAAGUACUUUAUAAAUCAGAAUUGGUAAAAGGUCGGGUUGAGAAACAAGUUAUGCGAGAGAUAGAAAUACAGUCACACUUAAGGCAUCCUAAUAUCUUACAGUUAUUUACUUACUUCCAUGACGAGAAACGAAUAUAUUUAGUCCUAGAAUUUGCUGCCAGGGGAGAACUUUAUAAAGAGAUGCGACGGCUGCCUGAAAAAAGACUUAACGAGCAUUUGUCAGCUAAAUAUACAUAUCAAGUGGCAGAUGCACUGGACUAUUGCCAUCAAAACAAUGUGAUACAUAGAGAUAUUAAACCUGAGAAUUUGCUUUUAACAUAUAAUGGUGACAUAAAAUUAGCUGAUUUUGGAUGGUCUGUCCAUGCUCCAUUUUCAAAACGUAACACAUUAUGUGGAACAUUGGAUUACCUUCCACCCGAAAUGAUAAAGGGACAGGAAUAUGACUUUUACGUGGAUCUGUGGUGUUUAGGCGUGCUUUGUUAUGAAUUUCUUGUUGGUACACCACCAUUUCUUAGUGACUCACAACAGGAAACUUAUACAAAGAUUGAGGUAUCACAGAUUCCAUGGCCAGCACAUGUUACUGCAGGAGCUAAGAAUCUAAUCUCACGGUUAAUGAAAAAAAAAAGUAACGAAAGGAUUUCUCUUAAAGCCGUUAAAACUCACUAUUGGAUAAUGGAAAAUAAGGAUAAAAUUGGUAACCAAACAUCACAGAAGCAGGAACAAAAAUAGAGAGAAAUAACAUCAGUUGAAAUGUAAUUGAAAAUUACUUUUAACCUUUUGUGGUUGGACUUUGUUGUAAGUCUAAUGUGUACACCUUUACAAGGUAAAGCACAACAAGCGUUUUGACACAGUGCAUGUCUGGAAAAGAUGAUCAUGCUCAAUUAAUAGUAAUCAAACAUUUGGAUAACUAUUGUAUUAGAAAAUAACGUUUACUUUUAACUAAUGAAAAAAUAUUUAAUAGUAAGUUGUAAAUAUUAUUUUAUUGGUAUUCUUACAAUUAGUAGCAUUCGUACUGAAUUUCCAAAUUCGGUAUACUUACCUUCCAAAAUUAUGGUAAACUAUUACAUAAUAUAUUCGAACAACACGGACUUAUCCAAUCAGAUCCAAACUGUGGUGGGACUAGAUUUGCAAUUCAGUCAAGAU